AUGGCGCCUCAAGAUACCCAUCUCGGGGAAAGUAAAGCGGAAUGCCGCGUACAGGAUGAUGUCGCUCAAGAGGCCGGGUACCCUGUGAAGGGUCUUGUUGCCCCGAAGUACAUGGGCACAGUUGCAGAUCAACGAGACAUGAGCGCGUUAGGGCGAGUGCAGGUUUUGAGGAGAAAUUUCCGCUUCAUCUCAAUUCUUGGAUUUGGCUGCACGCUGAUUUCAACGUGGGAAGUCAUAUUGACGCUGUUGAGCUCCGCCUUGACUGACGGGGGCACUGCAGGGUUGAUAUGGGGCUUUCUCAUUGUCACGGCAGGAUUUGCCCUCGUUUUCGCCAGUAUAGCGGAAAUGGCUUCCAUGGCUCCAACCUCCGGAGGUCAAUACCAUUGGGUGUCUGAGUUUGCUCCUCGGAAGGGCCAAAAGUUCUUGAGCUACAUUACCGGAUGGCUCAGUGCAACCGGAUGGCAGUGCGCUAUCGUAUCAAUCGCUUUUCUCGCUGGCACGAUCAUACAAGGACUGGUCGUUCUAAAUGACCCAACCUAUGAGUUUCAACGAUGGCACGGCACAUUGUUGGUGGUGGCAAUAACGACAUUUUCAAUAUUGUUCAACACAUUCCUAGCCAAAAACCUACCCAUGGUGGAAGGACUCAUCCUGAUCAUUCAUGUGGUAGGGCUGUUCGCCAUCAUCAUCCCGCUCUGGGUUCUUGCUCCUCGAAACAGUGCGAAAGCAGUCUUUACAGAGUUCAAUAAUGCUGGGGGAUGGAAUAGUGAUGGCACUGCCACUCUGGUCGGUCUCUCAACCACUAUUACAGCCAUGAUAGGCUAUGACUGUUCGGUACACAUGUCCGAGGAAAUCAAGGACGCCGCGGAGACGCUGCCGAAAGCAAUGAUGUCAGCCGUCGCGGUCAAUGGAGUUUUGGGAUUUGUCAUGAUUGUCACUCUUUGCUUCACGCUCGGCGAUGUUGACAGCAUCUUGAGUACUCCCACUGGUUUUCCGUUCAUCCAGAUCUUCUACAACACCACCAACAACUACGCGGCAACGAACACAAUGACCGCGGUCUUGGUGAUCACGCUCACGGCCAGCACAAUCACUGAAGUCGCAACGGCAUCCCGGCAGCUGUGGUCUUUUGCUCGAGAUCAAGGACUGCCAUUUUCAUCAUUCUUCGCCUAUGUCACCCCGGGAUGGAACAUCCCUCUCAACUCGGUCAUGGUUUCACUAGCGGUCACUAUUCUUCUCUCCUUGAUCAACAUUGGCUCCCAGGUCGCCCUGUCGGCUAUUGUAUCACUGACAAUCACCUCCCUGAUCUCUGCCUACAUUCUGUCCAUAGGCUGCGUGCUCCUGAAGCGUAUCCGGGGCGAGCCCCUGCCACCUCGCCGAUGGACCCUUGGCCGCUUCGGCAUGGCCGUCAAUAUUGCCGCUCUGGCUUUCUUGAUUCCCAUCUUCGUCUUUUCCUUUUUCCCGUUAACGAAGACAGUAGACACCAAAACAAUGAAUUGGAGUGCGGUGAUGUACCUUGCUAUGCUGGCCUUUGCGUCUGUCUAUUACGUGCUCUGGGGCCGGCAUAACUUCAUUGCUCCCGUGGCGCUCGUGAAGAGAGAGGGCAGAUACUGCGCUUGA